UGUUUUCUGCGCCAAGAACUGUAAAGACAUGGUCAUCCCUCCGCAGCUGUGAUGUAAGAGAGUGUCAGAGGAUGUCCCUGAUCUGCGGGGCUCAGUACUGAGGGAGGUCCACGGAGCUGACUGGUGCCCACCAUGUCUUACCAUCAUCAGUACCAGCGAGGCCCCCACGGCCGCACCAUAAGCUCUGAGGAGAGGGGUUCUGCGCCAGUCAAGACCUCCACGCCGGUCCACAAGAGCGCCUCGUCCUCCUCUUCCUCUCAGAGGGACAGCCGGCAGGAGGCAGACAGCUGGGAAAUAAUUGAGGGACUGAAAAUUGGUCAAAGCAAUGUCCAGAGGCCUGACAAGCAUGAGGGUUUCAUGCUGAAGAAGCGGAAAUGGCCUCUGAAAGGCUGGCAUAAGCGUUUUUUUGUUCUGGACAACGGUAUCCUGAAGUACUCCAAGUCUCCCAUUGAUAUUCAAAAAGGGAAACUCCAUGGCAGCAUCGACGUCGGCCUCUCUGUCAUGUCCAUCAAAAAGAGGGCUCGCCGCAUCGACCUGGACACAGAGGAGCAUAUCUAUCACCUGAAGGUCAAGUCUCAAGAUAUCUUUGAUGCCUGGGUGUCAAAGCUGCGCCAUCAUCGCCUUUAUAGGCAGAACGAGAUUGUGCGAUCUCCCCGGGAGGCCACCAUGAGAGUGUUUCCUCCCUCAUCUGCUAUGGAGUCGCCCCAACCAGCCCCRAGUGUAGUGAACGAAGCAAAGGCCAAGUCAGUGGGCACGUCGUGGAAGCCGGCAGCCCCCAGCAGCAGCAGCAGCAGCAGCCUGCCUGCCUCCUACAGCAACGGGCAGAGCAAGGUGGUCGCCUGGCUCCAGGAGUCAGAGGAGAUGGACAAGUGUGCCGAGGAGCUCGCACGCUGUCAGUCCAACCUGACUGAGCUAAGCCGGUUAUUGCAGAGUUUAGAGAUUCUACAGAGGACACAGUCGGCGCCUAACUUCACAGAUAUGCAGGCCAAUUGUGUAGAACUGUCAAAGAAAGAAAAGCGCUUGAACAGAAGAUGGAGAACAAAGAGUGUCGGCAAAGAYGCUAAAUUCCAGCUUCAGUCCAUUCGCUGCUGAAGUCGGCCUUCAACACCGUGGCCAUAGAAAAAGAAAAGAUCAAACAGAUUCUGUCUGAGCAGGAACAGUCCGACCAGUCAGCGCAGAUCAGCUCUCUCAGGAAGUCUCUGUCUGUGACCCUCUCUCAAAAUGCCGAACUCCGAACUCGCCUCAACCGCAUCCACUCUGAGUCCAUCCUGACCGAGCAGGUUGUGAGUGUGAACAUCAUCGCCACGCCUGACGAGGCCGUGGAACAGAUGGGGAUCCCUCUGACUCAGCAGGCCUCUAAUGAAAGCCGACUCUCCAUGUCAGAGUCUGUCUCUGAGUUCUUUGAUGCGCAGGAAGUGCUGCUGUCAGCCAGCUCGUCAGAGAACGAGGGCUCGGAUGAUGAGUCAUAUGUCAGCGAUGUGAGCGAUAACAUUUCCGAGGACAACGCCAGCGUGACUGACAACGUCUCCAGACAAAUGGCUAAUGGAGACUUUGCCGGCAGCGCCUUCCGUAACGGGCGGCGGACCUGCCUGCCGGCCCCCUGCCCCGACACCAGCAACAUCAACCUGUGGAACAUCUUGAGGAACAACAUCGGCAAAGACCUGUCCAAAGUGUCCAUGCCCGUGGAGCUGAACGAGCCCCUCAACACCCUGCAGCGCAUGUGUGAGGAGCUGGAGUACAGCGAGCUGCUGGACAAGGCUGCUGAGACCGAGGAUCCCUUCGAGCGCAUGGUCCUCGUUGCUGCUUUUGCCAUCUCAGGCUACUCGAACACCUAUUACAGAGCAGGAAGUAAGCCAUUCAACCCGCUGCUCGGAGAGACUUAUGAAUGUAUUCGGGAAGACAAGGGCUUCUGUUUUUUCUCUGAGCAGGUGAGCCACCACCCUCCCAUCUCCGCCUGUCACUGCGAGUCAAAGAACUUCUCCUUCUGGCAAGAUGUAAGAUGGAAAAACAAAUUCUGGGGAAAAUCCAUGGAAGUUUUACCCAUCGGAUCUGUGAAUCUCAAUAUUCCCAGGUUUGGGGAUCACUACGAAUGGAACAAAGUGACCACCUGCGUUCACAACAUCCUCAGUGGACGGCGGUGGAUCGAACAUUACGGCGAGAUCACCAUCAGGAACUUAAAGAGCAGCACUUGUCUCUGCAAACUCACUUUUAUUAAGGGAAACUAUUGGAGCUCCAAUGUGAAUGAGGUCCAUGGAUUUGUGAUGGACCAAGAAGGGAAAGUGGUCCACAGGCUGUUUGGAAAAUGGCACGAGGGUCUUUACUGCGGCGUCCCACCGUCCGCCAAAUGCGUUUGGAGGCCAGGUUCGAUGCCCACAGACUACGAGCUGUACUACGGCUUCACCAGAUUCGCCAUCGAGCUGAAUGAGCUCUGUCCCGAGCUGAAGGACGUCCUGCCUCGCACCGACGCUCGAUUCAGACCAGAUCAAAGAUGUCUGGAGGAGGGGAACUUGGAGAUGGCGACCUCAGAGAAGCAGCGCAUCGAGGACGCACAGAGGGUCAGGAGGAAGUGGAACGAGGAGAACAACAUCAAACAUGAACCUCGCUUCUUCAGGAAAGCGGUGGAUGCCAAUCACAGGGAGAGAUGGGUGUCCAACAACACGUACUGGGAGCUCCGAAAGAACCCCGGCUUCAUCAACAUGGAGGAAACCGUGAGCCUGUGGUAGCACACGGACGCCCGCGUCCGUCGCUGCGGAGGAGGAGGCCUUUAACUAUGCACAGCGGGGCGUUAACCCGAACGUGCCGCGUCAUCGGUGUGCAUGGAAACAAAGCGAAGCSCAGAGCGGAGGGGCGGCCUGCAGCCCGCCGGCGAGCCUGCCGAGGUUUGACGGAGCUCCCACGUGGCCAUCCACCCCCCAACAUCCUGUAGGAUCACCUUCAUCGUGCUUGUCGAAGCUGGGUUGUCAACUCUGUAGAUCUUACUUUGACUUUCGAGUUUGUCCUUGCCUUAAACCAAAAACAAAAAAAGAAGAAAAAAAAAAAAAAGAAACGCCCCUUCCAAGUCACAGAAAUAGGCGACUUUUAGUUGAAGCCAUUUCAUUCCUGAGAGCAGUUUGGUUAGAUUCAAUCUAUGACGUAGAUAUUCUACAAUACUGUGCAUGUUUAGAGAGCAGCUUUCAGUGGCAUAAUGCCACAUUUACUAUAUCGUCAAAUAAUGUAGAAAAAAAAGUAUUUUUAUAAAACUAUCUUGUGUGAAAAAAUAGAUUUAUUUGAAUUGGCAGAUUUUAUUUAUUUUUAAUUUUUUUUUUUACUACUGUUAAAUCUGUGGUAGCAGUAACAUUCUUCUGGGACACAACUUCUUUUAGGUCGCAGUGGAGGAUUGUGUUUUUAUUGAGCAGAUCAUAGAUCAGUCGUCGCGUCAAGUGACCCGUUUGACAUGAAAUCAUCUCUAAAGAAAUGAUCAGACAAAUACAUACGUGGCAUAUAAGAGCAAAUAUUAAGUAUGUGUUGUCCUUUUUUGAAUGUGGUGCAGAUAAAUGUGGAUGAAAACAAAAGAUUGUGAAAGAUGGAGAAAGAAUGUGAUGCAGAUUGUAGAGCUCACUGACACUUUGAGAUGUUGGCCUUCCUAACUGGACCUGCCUUUAAAGUAAAACAAAGAACUAAAAACAAUUAUCUUUCACAAGACCAAAAACGUCCCUGCUGUACAUUCAAAUACAAAUACACAUCCACAGAAUGAGAGCGUUUGGUUAAAGGUACUUGUUGCAAACUUUGAAAUCAAACGAAGAGCUUUUCUUGGUGUAGAAUAAAAAAAAAAGGUUUGCACCAGUAGUUUUCCAGAUGUGCUGUAUUAAGAUUGAGUAUUGGGUCUAGACUAUGAUAAUUUUAUUACAAUAUUACAAGUAAAAAGUUGUACAAGAAUAACUUCACGUUAUUAUGAGAGUAAAGUCAUGAGAACUCCUACGCAACACAGCAGCCAUACCACUGCAUUAAAAUAAGGACUUUUGAAGUUACACUUUGGGAUCAGUUAUACAAAUAAGGAAAUACUUAAUCUUGUAACACAUCAACAUUAAAGUACCAUCAGUGGCAGGACUUUGAAAUAAUUGUGCAAACAACUGUGUCUACUUUGAACAUGUUAUUCUCACAUUGCUUCAUUUUUUCUCAUAAUUGUUGGAUUUCAUUCUCGUAAUUAAAAAAAAAAAUCAUAGUCUGUCCCAGUACCUUGUCGUAGUUUACAAAUUUAGCUUAAGGCCCUGUCACACUAUGAUGUUUAAGACAAAUUAUGCCGAGUUAUAAAAAGUUUGGAGACAUCUACGUUGAAGACGGAAUUUAAAAAAAUCAACUGUACAAUUCUUUUAGGCAUGUACUGUAAUGCGAACAAACUGAUCAAAUAUCUAACUUUCCUUAGUCGUUUAGUGGAUUUAGUUGGCAUAAGUUGUCUAAAAUGUGUGACAAGACCUUCACAAAUAAUCAUAUUUAGGAAAGAUUUAACCAUCAAUACGAGGGGGGAAAAAAGAUUAUUUGGAUUUUGUUUACAUCUUCAUGACAUUGCAAUAAGUACCUCUAAAAGUAUAUGUCAUUAUCUGUUACAAAUACGGACAAAUUCCAAACAGAAAUCACCAAAACCUAAUUUGUCUCCUGGGUUCAACAAUCAAAAUGUUUGAUUCAUAAUUUAAUUUUAAAAAAAAGCUGCAAGUCUAGAAACAACAUUUGUUUGGUGUUUGGUUUCGGAAAUAACCUAAAAAAAAACAUUGACUCAACUGGUGAAUUAUUUAAAAAAUGAUUUCACUAAAUGGGCAGCCUUUGUGUAUAUUGAAACACUGGAGACACCUACAGGUUGUGAUGUAAAAAGCAGGAGUCGUGAUGCAUAUUUAAGUCUUUUUAUUUAUUUAUUUAUUUAGUAAUUUAUUUAUUUCUACAGCCAGUGUACAAAUAUUCUUACUGUACAAACAUUUCUGUGUUUGAAUCCCCAGAGAAUUUACUGCUACCUUGUUCGCCUCUGCAAAGUUUUUUCUAUUUAUUGCAAAGCAGCUAAGCUUUAAAGUUUUAACCCAUGCUCUCCAUUUUUUUAAAUCACCCUCACACCAUGUUGGUCAUCAUAGUGCGCAUUUAAACAGAAUAGCUUUGUUCUGAACUGCAGGUUGAUGACAGAAAAAAAAAAAACUAAACUGUAAAAGAAAUCAUGUGACUUGAGUCCAUCCUGCUUGGUGCACAGCUCACAUGUAGAUUACAAACCAAAAAAGGUAGAUCUGCUUUGCACCUGGGUAGUUUAUUCUUCUUGUUUUUAACCCCCAGAUCACUAAUUCAUUGCUCCCAACUCUUCAGCGUCAUCUCGCUGUGCCUUAAUCCAUUUAUUAAUGCCUCACAAACACACAACUGAAGGGAACCCCAUGCCAAGAAGAAGGUAUGCCUUUUUAAAAAAAUUCAAUAAAACAACAUCUGCACACUCUCCACAGAGGAUAGAUGAGUUUUAGUUGCUUGCAGGAGUUAUUCUCUGCUGCUCUGAUCCAGAGAAAACAAAACUCUCCUGUAAAAGCUGAGCACCUUUUCUAACUAAUGACAUUUAUUUCAGAGAUGUGUCUGUGGAGGUCAGGGCAGUGCUCGCAUCGUAGAGUUAUAGUGGAGAAAAACCCAAAAAGAAAAAAAAAMCUUWAGCUUUCUCCAUCCAUCGUUCCACCUGCAUGUCUAGACAGCUUAGCUUGCCAAUGAAUGUUUGCAAUGCCUCACAAGAAAAGGGUUUUUUUGUUUUCUGAUUUGGACACUUUGGUUUCCUCUGGACUUGAAGUGUAAUCAUGGCGCAGUACGUCAGCUUCGUUUUUGUCCAUUUCCUGAUGGGUACCUUCUAAAGUGCAAUUUUAACAACGUACAUAUCUUUCCAUGAACACUGUACACUGCUGCUACAUAGUGCUUGUUCUAAUAAAACCACAAAACUCAACUGA